CCCAAGGGACCUAGUUGUCAAAAUUGUAAUUUCAUUGAUAACAACCGGAGAGGCGGCGGCGGAGCUCGGAGGCGGCCCCAGCCAUCGCAGGAUUUUUCAUUCCUAAGCUGUGGCCAGAUGGAGGGGGAGGAAAAGCCCUGGAGAUCCUGCAUGAGGAGGGGCUGCAAACCCAGCCCAGGGAGCUGCAAGGAGGAAAGAUCCCCCCUGUACCAGGAAGGUGGCUGGAGAUCCUACCGGAGCUCAGAGCUGGGGGAGAGAGCUCACGGCGGGGAGAAGCCCCACAAAUGCUUGGAAUGUGGGAAGAGCUUCAGAAAGAGCUCCUACCUGAUCCGGCACCAGGUGAUUCACACUGGGGAAAAGCCCUACGAAUGUGGGGAAUGUGGGAAGAGCUUCAGAGUCAUCUCUGGCCUCAUGCAGCACCAAGUGACCCACACUGGGGAAAAGCCCUAUGAGUGUGGGGAAUGUGGGAUGAGCUUCAGCCAGAACUCAAAUCUGAUCCGGCACCAGAGGAUCCACACGGGGGAAAAGCCCUACGAGUGUGGGGAAUGUGGGAAGAGCUUUGGGUGGAGCUCUGACCUGAGAAAACACCAGCUCAUCCACACUGGGGAGAGGCCCUAUGAGUGUCCUGAGUGUGGGAAGAGGUUUCAGCGCAGCUCCACUCUCAUCAGACAUGAGCGGAUUCACACAGACGAGAGGCCCUUCCGCUGCCCCGACUGUGGGAAGGGCUUCAACCGCAACUCCACCCUCACUGUCCACCGGCGCAUCCACACUGGGGAGAGGCCCUAUGAGUGUCCCCAGUGUGGGAAGAGCUUCUCACACAGCUCUAACUUGACCCAACACCAACGUAGGCACCAGUAAGGGAAUCCCUGUGAGUGCCCCGAGUGUGAGAAGAGCUUCGUGCGCUGCUCCAGCUCCAUCCCCCAUGGGAGGAUGGGCGUUGGAUGAUCCCCAGUGACCCCCAUUGGGCAGAGCCCUGGUGAUCCGUGGUCCUGGUGAUUCAUGUUGGGAAGACACCUGGCGGGGAGGCUCCACAUCUUCCUGGCUCUCUGUGGGCACCUGGAU